AUGGCGUUUUGCGAAAAUGUUCAAGUUCUGCUUGCAAGUGAAGCAGGACCAAGCCAUGUAAUUUUGGCGCUGUUUGUGGCAACAGCAGUACAUGCAAAAGAAGAAGCAGAAGCAUUAGAAGAAGAUGAAGAAUAUGAGGAUGAAUUGGUCGAUGAACCAGAAGAAAAGGAAUCUUUGCAGGCCGAUGCUUCCGUUUACGGACCACUUGGAGUUGGAGGCGUUGGUCAUGGGUACGCAACAGGAGGCGUUGGUGGUUAUUCCGGUCAUGGAGGAAAAGGAGGUGGAGGAGGAUUCUCCGAGCAUAGUGGCAAAAUCUCUCACCAUGACCACCUCCAUGACGGAGGAUUCAAAGGUUAUUCCGGUUAUGACGGUCAUGGUGGUGCGCAUGGGGAGAAGAAGCAUGGAGUCCAUGAGGAGCAUGUAGAUGUGGUGGAUCAAGGGGGACAUAAGAAGAUAGUGGAAGACCACGCGGUACAUGGAGAAGGACUGAAGAAAGGUGGGGAAUCCUUCGCGAAAGGACAUGAGGAGGGAGGACAUCAAGAUCACGCUGUGAAGGGAGAGUUCUUCGAUAAAUAUGGGAAGGAUCAAAAAGGAGUCGUAAAUGGUGGAUCAUAUCAAGAUGGAGUUGUUGCUCAAGAGAAGCAUGGAGGUCAUGGUCAAAAGGGUAAUAAAGUCGGUGGGGAGAUAUUUAAGGAUAAAGGUCACAAAAGUCGUGGGUUCAAGAAUGUCUAUCACAAAGAGGAGCAUGGCGAGCACAAAACCUUCCACGACGAUUUCCAUGAUAGCGACUACAAGAAGAAAUAUCAAGACCAUCACGACUUCUACGACCAUCAUGGAGCCAAAUACCAAAAAGGAUUCGGAGGCAAAAACUACCACGACGAAAAGAAACAUGGCGAUGAUUACCACAAAUUCGGAAAAUCUGGCCACGAGCACCACGACAGCGGCAGCCACAAGAAGGGAGGGGCCCACCACCACCUUCACGAUGCACAAAAGCAGCAUGGUGGAGCUCAUCAAGUGUCCCACCAUGACGUUGGACACCACAACAAGGGUCACGUAUCCAAGCAUUCUGACGGCUACGGAGGUAACUAUGGUGGUGCUGGAUACCACAAAAAAGUUUACGGUCAUGAUGGUCGACACAACAAGGAUCAUGAUGUUGCUCAUGGUGCUGCUUAUGGUGGACAUCACGGAGGACACCAAGGUGGAUAUGGGCAAGUUGGUGGUGGAGGACAUCAGGGUUAUCAUGUUCAUCACCCUAUUCCUUAUGGUCAUUACUGA